AUGUCUUUAGGUCCACUGGAAUUGCCACUGGAUCGUUCCCUGCUGACGCUAACCCCGCAAGACCCCCGAGGAAGGCCCAAGAUGCCGCCAUUGGGAUCGUAUUCCACUUCGUCUAUCACGCAGAGCAAGUUGAAACGCAUCAAUAGUGGAGGUAAUAAUACAAGCAGUGGCAACAGUACUUCAGGAGGUAAUAAACCGUCCCAUGGAAGAUCUUUGUCGCAUAUAUUGGCAUCGCUGAGUAAAAAUAGUAAUUCUUUACAUAGACCAAGUUUGGCUAGAUCUAAAUCUACAGAUGGUUUGACUGGUAAGAAUAAAUCCACUGACAAGAACGGAGUUGCAUUGAAAAGAAAUAAUAGGUCAUUAACUAAACUAACGGGCUUGAAUCCCUUGACCAAAUCCAAUCUGAAUCAACUGAUAAAGUCCAAUAAGUCGAACUCUUCGCUCAAGGGACUCAAUAUGUCUACCUUGAGUGGGUUGAAGAGUAGUAGCAAGAAGGAGAAAGCUAUAUUGAGAUUGAAUGAAGACAAUGAUGAUGACGACGAGUACGAGGACACCGGCAGUCCUCCAGAGGAAAGCAAAGAAGAAAUACGUCAGUCUUCAAACACUUCUGCCAUCGCCAAGGUGGAAGAGGAGCCACACGAACACUCGAAUGGGGGUUACUCAUUCCAAUCUUCGAACGACGAUCUCUCCAACAAUAUAUAUGGUGGUCUGUUGUAUCUAUCACAGUCUACUGGUUUGACGAAGAAGAUAAACGGAAACGAUACCAGUAAUAACAAUAUAGCUGGGAGACUUGCUCCUAUCGAAUCUGAAAACAUCAGUGGCAUCUCGUUUAAUGCUAACCCAAUGGACUCUUCUGUUCGAAAAGUUGCAGAGCCAAUAACAACAACUAAAACUGUAGAAACCAUGAAUUCUUACCAACCCAACCAAAGUAUAUUCAAUAAUUUACAACGAAAGGGACAAAAGUCUGGAAAUACAUCUUCAGGCAAUAAGGGCGGAGACAAUUUCCAAAAUUUCUUGAAGAGUGGCAACGGCGCCGACUCGAGCAGCUCCAGUACUGGUAGUGCCUCAGGUGCAACAGGUACUGCAUCUGCUGGAAAUUCCUCUGCUGUGGGCAGUGGUAGCAAUGCCGGAGCCGGAUCUAGGUCAGGAUCCAAAGCUGGUGCAAGUACUAGCGUUGGAAAUGGUGCUGGAAACGGUUCUUCUGGUGUAGCGGGCCCUUCAUCUCACCACGAAAAUAGGACCCAGCAAAGACUUUGGCUCCAGCGUGAGAAUUCCCUCAUGGAUGUCUCCAACAUUGAGCCUAAAAAUUUGGGAAAUUUUUCCAGCUUGUCGUUGAACAAUCUUAUGUUCAGUCACCAAGGUCACGUUGACCUUCUGCAAUUGGCCAUGAGCCAGAAUGUGGUCACCCCUGGUGGAAAUGCUGGUAACGGGCCAACAUCAUCAGGACCUAUGGGCAGUGGUCCAGUGGGACCAACUACACCAGGUGUCGCUGGUGGGGAUUCUCAAACUUCGCUCUACGGGCUCCUUCUCAACAUUCAAACAAGUUCUCAAAACUCAAUUCAAUCAAGAACAGAAUUCGAAAGAUUAAAUAGAGAAUAUCUUAAUGUCAGAAGGAAUCUAAAUCCAGUGGGAGAGAGUUUAAAUAGGACGCAAGAAUACUUCAAGUCUAGCUCUAUUAACCAGAAAGUUAUCAAGUCUAGAAACCAAAAAAAUAAACUUCCACCAGCCUCACAGUCGGCUUCUUCCUCGACAUCAUCUUCACUGACCCCCGGCGCUGCAGGAGGAAAAGAUUUCACAUCAAGCUUCCACGAAAGAGAAGCAGAUAUAUCAACGUUAGUUAAUAAAAUUUGGCAAGAGGCACUUAUUUCUAACUCAACACAGUCGCAGCAAUCUCCACUCAGAAUAUCCACUCAAAUAGCGCAGCAGCAACAGCAACAGCAGCAGCAGCAACCGUUGCAGCAGCUACAACUGAUUCAACAACUGCAGCAACUGCAGUUUGGUCAACCGAUCUCAGGACCCGGUCAUCUGCCAUUGCAGCUGAGACCUGCCAACCAAAGAUUGCAAUCGUACACUCAGUCAAAUUACAGUAACUUGAGAAACCCGCAGACUCCUACUACAAGGGCUGUGAAAUUGGCAUCCGUUUCUCAACAGAGCUUUAAGAAAAAUGAUCAUCUGGUCAACCUAGCAUAA